UCUCCCUCCCCCCUCCCCCCUCUCCCGCCCUUUUGCGAUCUUCUCUCGCGCACCCCGCCGCCCUCUCCUCCCUGGCAUCCCGCCGCCGGUUCCCGGCCGCUCCCCUCGCUCGCUUCCCCGCCCCCCCCCCUCCCUUUCCCCUCCAUCCCCCGGCCUUUCUGGAACCCCGAGCAUCCCGUUCGACCCCGGGCCCGCCGCCAACGCCCGCCCUCUGAGACAAGAUGCUCCGCUCCUCCUCGCGGCUGCUGCGGAAGGUGGUGAACUCGUCGCAGGUUGCGGCGAAGACCGUCUCCGCCCGCCAGACCCAGGUUCUGGACACCCCGAACAAGCGCCCCGACGGCGUCUACAUCAACCCGGAGUCCUUCCCCAAGGUCUACCCCGAGUACAAUGUCACCGCCAAUGACUUCUCCCUCGAUGGCCUGAUCGACCUCUCGCGCGACUAUCGCUUCGCCCCGUCCUGGAAGCGCACCAUGUUCUUCUUCGACCCGGUCACUCGCCGCAUGGUUUUCCGCGGUGGCGCUGAGACCUUCGUCGACAACGACGCCAUGUGGACUCAGGCCGAGCGCGACCUGGCCAAGGCCCGCUCCGUCGACUUCCCCAUCCUCGAGCGCCUCGUUGAGGACUACUACUCCCCGCGCGACAUGGACAUCACCGUCGAGCGGACCUCCUACUUCGAUGCCUCCGAGAAGGCGCGCUACCCCCGGGCUCGGCGCUGCGUCAUGCGCGUGCGCCUGGCCAGCCUGAACCUUCACGAGUCGGCCCUGCACAAGCUGAAGCUCCUGGCCGGGUCGCGCGUCAGCAUCGACGGGCACAUCCUGACCGUGUCCGAGGACCGGUCGGCCACCUUCGACGAGAACCGUGCCCGGUGCUACUCCAUGCUUCAUCGCCUGGUGAAGGAGUCCCUGAACUUCCCCGCCGAAUUCACCCACCUCGAGCUGCCCGUCCUGUCGAAGAAGCACGCCCGUGCCCUGAAGCAGCAGCAGCGCAAGGACGCUUACCUGAAGCACCACGCCUCGCGCACGCAGCUCCAGGCCCGCAUGAAGGAGGUGGCCCCCGACACCCGGGCCGCGCGCCUGCGCCACGUGUCGGACGUCUUCACCGACCUGGCGGCGGACAUUCGCCAGGCCGAGGAGCUGGCCGGCGGCCCGGCCCCCAUGGCGUCGACGCUGCAGCCGGUGGACCGGUCGCACUACAUGCUGGCCGGCCUGGGCGGCAUCAAGGCCGGGCAGAACCCGGUCGCCACGCUGGAGGAGGACCUGUCCAUUCCCGGGGUCAGUGGGACCUUCGAUGCGGAGGCCCUGGAGCACCCGCUUGCCCGGGAGACCCAUCUGCCUGUGACUCAAAUUCGCCGGCACAAGGCCAUGGAUCCGUUUGCCGCGCAGCCGGUCACCGACCUGCACGAUCCGGAGAUGGAGCGCGACCAUGACACCGACCCGUUGCGCUUCCUGCGCCCGGAGGAGGUGGCCGAGGACGGGUCGGCCGGCACGGACCAGGACCAGCUGGCGGAGCUGCGUGCCAAGAUCAACCACCUGCAGUAUCUGGUGGACCUGCGCAUGUCCAUGCUGACGGACCUCGUCCGGCCGGAGGAUGCCCGUGUUGUGGCCGACACGCUGGACAUGAGCGAGGCCGACCGCGAGGAGGCCGAGGCCCAGCUGGCCAAGCUGGUGGCCUUUGCCCAGCGGUUCCCCAACCACGAGAAGACCCCGAAGAGCCUGGAGUAUGCGGCCCGGCUGCUGAAUGCCCUGUUCCAUCUGUCCCUGCCCAAGGGCAUGGAGGGGACGGAGGAGCUCCGUGCCUAUGUCCAUGGGUUCUAUGACAAGAUCCCGCGUACCAUCCCGGCGCACAUGGUGCAGCUGAUCCUGCCCGACUGGGCCGUGCAUCUGGUGGGCUAUGAGCGUCAGACGGACGCCAACACCGACGAGGUGCUGACCCUGCUGCAGCAGCUGUACGACGAUUCGAUGCUGCUCGGGUCGCUGAAGUUCACCUACGAGCAGUCCCGCUUCGAGGCCAUGAAGCAGGAUACGAUGGUGGUGCGCGACCCGCUGGGCUUCCCGGUGGUGCCGUUCAGCCCGCUGGCCACCGGCGCCGCCGGCAUCCGCGAUGCCUAUCUCCGGAACAUGGGCAUGGGCCCGGAUCUGCGCCACACCGACCCGGUGUACGAUGCUCUGUAUGCCCGGAUGACGGAGCUUCGGGCCAGUGGCUGGCCGGGCGACUUCCACAACGACGAGGCCCCGUCCGAGACGGUGGCCGCGCAGCAGCGCUCCCGCGCCAAGGCCCGCAAGUCGGCUGCCCGCAGCUCCAAGGAGGAGUCCCCCAGCACCCCGAAGAGUGGCGGCACCCUGCCGCAGGCUCCCAGCUCGGUGUUCUCUUCGCACUUCACCCGUCGCUCUUAGAGCGCCGGUGUGUGCGUGUCCGUCUGUGCUUGCACGAGCGGG